AUGAAGAGAGACUACGAUCUUCAUACUCGCGAACGACAGUAUAAAGUGGGGGAUCUUGUUUACUGGCGCCGUAACGCAGGCAAGAAAGUAGAAUCAGUCUGGCUGGGCCCCGGGGUUGUGAUAGCCGUGAAGUCUGACACUAUCUAUGAGGUGCGAACUCGCCGAGAUGUGCUUAUUCUGCAUCACGACAAGCUAAAAAUCUGUCAGGCACGCGAACUGCCCAAGUGGAUACGCGACUAUCAGGCCCGUACGCGUGUCAUCACAGAGCCAGCAGGGGAGGAGUCGAAACAGUCGCCAUCAGAUAAAAGCGACAAACGUGGCGAAGAGCCCGUGUUGCCAAAGACCGAUAAGCCGAUAAAUGCGCCGUUCAUGGGGACUCGGAGCCGGACUCGGGCUGCCCCGGAAAUAUCACCACAGCUUCAGGCAUCGAAGGGCCAGGGGCGAAAGAGACAGGGUGGCAAACGCAAGCGGUAUGAGUAUUGUGUGUGUAAGACCAGAACUCCAGUGGGUCUCAUGGUACAAUGCGACCAGUGCAAAUAUUGGUUUCACCCCGGUUGUGUGGGUAGGGGAGAUGAGGAGGUCAGGGAAUUGCAAACAUAUUACUGCCCUGACUGCACCUUGGUGGUUGAGUAG